CCAAACUUUGCUGUUUGACCUGCUUGAUGAACUCCAUGAUGCGUGCAGCUGUGGUUCUCUGGAUUGUCUCAGCAGUGAUCUAUGUGGGGAGAGGUGAUCCCCAGCCAUGCCGUGCUCAAGGAGCCACAGAGGAGAGCUACAACAGAUCAUCUCUGGUGAUUUCAGCCAACAAAGACUUUGCCUUCAGUCUGUACAGGGAACUGGCCAAUUCUGAUUCUCAAGGAGAAAACKUCUUCUUCUCACCUGUUUGUGUUUCUGUCAUCUUGGCUGCUUUGUCUGUUGGGGCACGAGGAGAGACCCACCAACAGAUUUUUGAUGGUCUGGCUUUCAGUAACUUCAAUCUGUCCCAAACAGAUGUAAACCAGGGUGUCUGUCAAAUUGUUGGAAUUGAACAGGCAAAUGAGGGCAUCAGUGCAGGUAAUGCUGUAUUUGUAGACCACCUGUUCAACCCCCUGCCUGAGUUCCUGGAGGUCUUGGAGCACUUUUAUUUCACUGAGGGCUUCACUGUUGACUUCAGCAAAACUACAGACUCCAUCAACACCAUCAAUAAAUACAUUUCACAUCAAACCAAUGGAAAGAUCAAGGAAGUGGUCGACAGUCUGUCUCCAAAUACAGUCCUGUUUCUCCUCAGCUACAUUUACUACAAAGCAAAUUGGGUGACUGCAUUUAAUCCUGCCCUGACAAAGAUGGACGAGUUUCAUGUAGCUGAAAAUGAYACGGUUUCAGUCCAGUUGAUGAAAACGGAAGAAUCUUUGUAUUUUUAUGAUGAAGCAAUCAGCACCUCAGUCCUCCACCUUCCCUUCAAGUCCUGCUCCAUGUUGCUGCUGAUGCCUGAUGAUAUGAGAACCCUGGAGGACAUCAUCAGUCCAGCUCAAGUCACUGAAUGGCGGAAGCUGCUUAAGUCCAUUGACUAUGAUGUUUAUAUUCCAAAGUUUUCCAUCAAGACCUCCUACGUGCUGAAUGACGUGUUGAAGGAAAUGGGAAUGACUGACAUGUUUGAUCAUGCAGACCUGAGUGGGAUUUCAAUGCUGCAUGACUUGGCUGUCUCUGAGGUUGUGCACAGAGCUGCCCUGGAUGUUGAUGAGGCUGGAGCCACCGCUGCUGCUGCCACUGGGGUUGACAUUGUGGAGCUUUCUUCCUUGAAGACAGGACUGAAAUAUGAUCGUCCUUUCAUGCUGAUGAUAAUUGAACAGAGCACAGAAAUCAUUCUUUUUAUAGGAAAGAUUGUCAACCCAAACCUGAAGUAACAAUUGUGGUCUGGUAUUGCUGCUGUAUUGAAGUAUUUUUAAAGGAAUACAUACUUUAAUAAACGGUACUUGCAGUCA